AUGAACUGCAACAGCAGCAUCCAAGUGCCCGAAACUUUUCAUCUCAUUCAGCUGAUAGUGUAUAUCCCAGUUUUCUUUUCUGGAAUCCUGUUUAAUGCUCUGGCUUUCUGGGUGUUUUGCUAUAAACUGUCUAAAUGGACAGAAACCAGAGUGUACAUGAUCAACUUAAUGAUUGCCGAUUGUUGUUUGCUCUUCACUUUGCCCUUCAAAGCAUUUUCCCACAACCAUGAGCUGCCCCGAGAUAACAAGUGCUUGGCUAUAGAAGCUACAUAUUUUAUAAACCGGUACACAAGCAUCUAUAUUAUCACCAUCACAGCUGUCGAUCGAUACAUUGCAAUAAUGUACCCCCUAAAAUCAAUGACUCUGAGGUCCCCGUUGAAGGCAGCUGUCACCAGUGGAUUUCUAUGGCUACUAGUGAUAAGUUUUGUUUGCUUAGCUCAGGUACUGGAAGAGAAAGAAAACCAUGGGAUUUGCUUUGAAAAGUUGUCCACUGAGCCGUCCAAAGGGGCAUUAGCCAUUAGUAUUGGGGGAUUUUUUAUACCAUUAAUCAUCUUGAGCUUUUGUUCAAUUCAAAUAAUUAAGAAGCUUGUGAGAAAGAAGAAAACAAAUCCACCUGAGGAAAUACUAAUCCAGAAAGCGAUCAACAUUGUUUCUGCAAACAUGGCUGUGUUCAUAAUAUGCUUUUUACCUGUUAAUAUUGGGCACAUUGUUCGGUUUAUAGUGGAUUCCACCAGCACCAGCUGCUCAGUAAUAUACAGUGGUAAUGUAUUCUUGCACGUGGCAUCAAUCAUAGCAAACACUAACUGCUGCUUAGACGCCAUUUGUUAUUACUUUGUAAAUCGGGAAUUUCAGGAGGCAUCGUCCAUUUUACCAAAGACAAAAUCUGUGAAGUCAAUAUCUAAUCACAGCUAA